CUUAAUUACAAACUCCGCUGCCAGCUUCCUUGCGCGUCCAGGUGUAGGCAGCACAUUGGACAGGCUGUCGGACAUAAUAAACAAACUCCACCACCAUCCUAUCCUUUGGCGUUGGCACCGAACGCCGGCAAUGGUGAUUGACUCGAUCGGCGGCGUCGACGUCAAACCCACGUCCCGUUGACCUGUAUUUCAUUCCCUCCAUUUGAAUACACAUUCGUCUCUUUCUCGGUUCCCGUCCUUCACGUUUACAUAAAUUCCGCCUCUCCCCGGCCCGAAGUAAGUCCCGCAGUUUCUCUCGAAUUCAACCCCACCUCCCCGCCGGCCGCAGAUGAAGACUCGAAACAGCAACAGCGGAAGCACCAAAAUCUCUGCAAAAUGGAUUCCGUUGAUUUGUGCUUUCUGCUUUGCUCUUGGACUUGUCUUCUCUAACAGGAUAUGGGUUCCGUACGAAUCCAACGGUGAGCAGCUCUUAUCCCAGCGCCGACGUGAACAGGAAGAAUUUCAGGCGGUAUCUGAAGAUUCCACAGCUGCUAAGAAGGGAAAAGAUGUGAUGGAUGAGAUUGUUAAAACCCACGACGCCGUUGAAUCGCUAGACAAGUCGAUUGCUAUGCUUCAGAUGCAAUUGGCAGCUUCUCGGAGUUCCCAGGAGAUGACGAGCUUAAGUGGCAAUGCAGCAGCUACCUCUGUGACUGGCUUGUCACAUGAAGGCGGGCAUCGGCCCAAGGUUUUCAUGGUUAUUGGGAUUAAUACCGCUUUUAGCAGCAGGAAGAGGCGUGAUUCAGUUAGAGAGACAUGGAUGCCACAGGGAGAAAAACUUGUGCAACUGGAGAAGGAGAAGGGGAUUGUUAUCCGUUUCAUGAUUGGUCAUAGUGCAACAUCGAAUAGCAUUCUUGAUCGUGCCAUUGAUUCUGAAGAUGCUCAGCAUCAGGACUUCCUAAGGCUGGAACAUGUCGAAGGGUACCAUGAACUUUCUGCAAAAACAAAGAUUUUCUUUUCCACUGCAGUAGCGAAGUGGGAUGCUGAGUACUAUGUGAAGGUCGAUGAUGAUGUUCAUGUCAAUCUGGGUACACUAGCUGCUACCCUUGCUCGUCACCGCUCAAAGCCUAGGGUGUAUAUUGGAUGCAUGAAAUCAGGGCCUGUUCUUUCACAGAAGAAUGUCAAAUAUCACGAGCCGGAAUAUUGGAAAUUCGGGGAAGGAGAGAACAAAUAUUUUCGACAUGCAACAGGACAGAUAUAUGCUAUUUCGAAAGACCUUGCAACCUACAUCUCUAUCAACCAGCCAGUACUCCACAAAUAUGCCAAUGAAGAUGUAUCUCUGGGUUCUUGGUUGAUCGGUCUUGAGGUUGAGCAUAUUGAUGACAGGAAUAUGUGUUGUGGGACUCCACCAGACUAACGUGCGUGUGAAUAAAUUUGGGGACUGCAGAUUGCGAGUGGAAAGCACAGGCUGGAAGUGUAUGUGUUGCAUCCUUUGACUGGAGCUGCAGUGGGAUCUGCAAAUCAGUGGAGAAGAUGAAAUUUGUCCAGGAAAGGUGUGGUGAAGGAGAAGGGGCUGUGUGGAGUGCACUUUUCUGAAUGUCAAAGUCUGUUAGUGGUGUUUAUUAGGCAAGCCAGGACUGCUGAAAUUUAGCAGUUGAGAAGCGAUGAAAGCAGCAAUGUGAGUCCUGAAGAUGGAAUGCAAUUGCUAACAAGUCCACCCCAGAAGCAUUGACGAUUCGCAGAGGGCAAAAGGUACAGCGCGAGCUUGUACAGGUCAUGUUGAUACAGAAUUUGUCUUUCUAGUCACUAGAGUGUUGUUGCUCAUGACAUUGUUACCACUUUAGGAGUUAGCAGGGCCGGGCUUGGGGAUGGAUAGGAUACUUGCAAAACUCUUACCUUGACAGAGCUUGGUUAGAUACUAUUAGUUACGCAUAUAUUUGGCAUACAUGUACAAAACAUUGGAAAUCAACUAUAUUUCUGUACCAGCGAUUGCAUCAUGAUCAGUUUAGUUUGGUAAAUGAAAAAGAGUUGGCGCUGAGGAUAAUCGCUGGUAUGAGGUUAUAAUGUUGGAGAGUUUCACUCCUUAACUGAUCUCGCCUUCAACGGUGCUUGGG